UGUUUAGCGUACUGUGUGUUUGUGUGUCUUGUUGAUAUGGAAAUGAGCUCAAAUUAUACGAAUGACGUCCAAGCAAGGGAGGACCCGUCCUCCAAGCCACCGCCACAACCUCCUCCUCCUCAUCACAAGUACACACCGCCGUCACAGAAGGAAACCUACGAUUUCGUGGCAAACAGAAGUAACAAGAAACGUAAUAACUUAAUAGAAGCCACGGGUCACCUGGUGAAGGGGUGCCUUGGAGGUGGUAUCCUCGGCAUUCACGAAGCCUUCAUGAAAUGCGGCCUGUGGACUUCUGUCUUUGUCACUAUUGUUUUUGGUUUCUAUAUUUCCUAUUGCUUGCAUAUUCUUGUGAAUUCAGCACAAACUUUGUACCAGAGGCUACAUAUUCCAGAGAUGUCAUUCCCUGAUGUGGCGGAAGCUUCACUAGAGCACGGGCCGUUCCCGAAGCUUAGGAAAUACAGCAAAUGGUUCAGGUAUGCAGUCGAUGUGAUAAUUUGCAUAGACCUGUUCGGAGCCUGCUGCGUCUACCAGAUAAUAAUAGCAAAGACCAUCAAGGAAGUGGUGGAGAACUCCACAGACAUCCAAGACCUGGGCCAGCUACGGCUGUACAUCCUCGCUCUGCUGGUGCCGUUCUUGCUGUUGUGUAUGAUCACGACGCUCAAAUAUUUGGCACCAUUCUCAUUGAUUGCUGAUGUUUUCAUCGUUGUUUGCGUCGUGGCAACAGUGGUGUACGGUCUACGAUCAGCUCCACCCAUCAGCACAGUGCCUGCCUGGAAGGAUGCCGUGGGCUUCUUCGAGUUCAGUGGGAUCGUGAUCUUCAGUAUGGAGGGUGUAGGAGUCACGCUGCCCAUCGAGAACAACAUGAAGGACCCCAAGAAGUUUCCCAUCGUUAUAGCUUUGGGAAUGACGAUCGUCCUCUCGUUCCUGAUCACUGUGGGGUUCUUCGGCUACUGGGGCUUUGGUGAGCAGUCCAUAUCACCAGUCACACUCAACUUUCCCAAUGAUGUUUUCCCAAUGGUGCUGAAAUGUUUGAUGGGUUUCAUGAUAUUCAUCACAUUCGCGCUCAACUUCUGGGCUCCGUUCAACCUGGUCUGGUUCUACGUGUCCAAGAAACACGACCCCAAGAAACAUUGGAUCUGGGAGCGAGUGUACCGCGCUACGUUCGUCACCGUAAUAACAGCUAUUGCUAUUGCCUUCCCGAAUAUUGGAAACCUUAUGGGAUUGCUUGGCGCCUUUGCGUUAUCCAAUAUGGGCUUCAUAUUCCCUGCAGUAAUCGACCUGUUAGUCAUUUGGACCGACCCUGGCUUGGGCAAGUGGAAGUGGAGGUUGUGGAAGAAUUGUUUGAUAUUUGUUACUGGAAUACUGUUGUUCUUCGCCGGUACAUACUCCAAUUUAAAAGGGUUGAUUGCGAAUUUGUAAAAAAUACGUAAUGUUAUCACGGAUGAGUACAAAAAGAAGGACUCCGCGCCGUGAUAUUAGCAAGUGAAGCACCGUUAUGCUAGUGUGUGUUCGGUUACGGGGGAUACUAGUUACACAAUUUUUUCUUCCUUGAAUAAUCAUAUAUGGCCACAAAUACUUAUAUAGUAUCGUAUUUACACUAUUUCAAAACGCACGACGGCAUUUUUAAAAUAUUUUAUUGAGACGCAAACUGAUCUGUCACAGACGAUGACAAUUCUCAUAAUGGCCGCCUAUCGGCCUGUAGUAGUGUAAGUGUGUGUGGGGCUAUGUAUUUACACGUUAAUCGGCUUGUUUUGGUGCUACACUGUUAUGUAAGGUGACACGGAGUCCUUAUUUUUUUACUAGUCCGUGAAUGUUAUAUUAAUUAAGCUGUUUGUGUCAAAUGCUUCUUCAAAUGUAAAUAAAGAUCAACAUAGAAACUACAAAAUACAUUUAGAACUUUACUUUUUUUUUAAUGUAGCUAAUACGUAACAUUUAAGAUAAUAAAUGAAACUAAAAUAAAUGAAUCACAAGUUUUA